AUGAAUGCGCGAGUCGCCGUCCUCGUGUGCUUCGGUUUGGCGCUUCAUCGAGUCGUCGCAACUGGUGAUUCGAGCGCAAAAAGCAACCGAUUUCUUUUCUCGUCAACGGGAUUAGCCAGCGGGUCCUCUCUGUCUGUUCUGAAGGACUCCGAGGCAGCCAGUCUGACAGACUGUACCCGGCAAUGUUCUGAAAACCACGAACUGUGCUCGGUUUCGGCGAUCGCCAGCGGCCAGGGAGUUCGUCAGUGUAUUACCUACAGUAACACGCGAGUGGUUGGAACAGUGGGAGAGGUGGCGGCAAACUGGACUGUGGCAGAAAAUUUCACUGAUGUGGAUGAUACCUUGACUAAAUGGUCCUAUGCUUUAGACUGUAGUGAGUUGUACUCCCGCGGUUUCACCACGGACGGGCAGUACUUGAUCCGCCCAGACCCCUCGCAGGCUGUGGUGAAGGUUUGGUGUGAUAUGACGGACUCCCCGGGAGGCUGGACGGUGUUCUUCAAACGUUACGAUGACUCUGUGAAUUUUCACUCACACAACUGGGCGG